AUGGACGCAACAACAUCGUUCAACGACCUCCCGGUGGAAAUCCAAGAAAAAAUCGCACCCUUUCUCAACCGUCGCGACCUGGCAGCCUGUGUCCGAGUAUGCCGAUCCUGGAAGAGACUUUUCCACCGCCAACUCUGGAGUCAUAUCGACCUUUUCUGGCACGAGGACGACAAGGCGUGGCAGAAAAGAGUUUGUCUCGGAUUGAAGACCAACAAGGAGCUUGUCAAAUCCCUCAAGCUGACACUGAAAGCUGACGACCUCCUUCCUUCGUUUCUGAAGCGAUGCCCAGUCCCCUUUCCGAACCUGACGUCGGUAGAACUCGUGGCCCCGUUUGAGGAGGACUAUUAUGACGAGUGGCUGGCAGGAUUCAUCAACAUCACCAUGGACGUGUGGAAGCGGAUUGUGUUCCGCAAGGCCAUGGGCUGCUUUGACCUUGUCGAAUUCGACCAGAACCCGUUCGAGAAAUUUCUUCGACUCGCCGCGCCAACGCUGGAGGUCUUUCGCACCUAUGAUGUGUCGUUGGUCUCAAUGUGGCAGGUCCACGAACUGCUCUGCACAGCACCUAACCUCAAGGAACUGUACAUAUCUGGAGGCCUGGACAACACGCCCGAGAACUGGCUGGAUUCGAAUGAUAUUGAGACGUCAGACUGGGUUUGCUCGAAUCUUGAGGUCUUUGGCUGCCGCAUUGGAGGAAUCCCGCGGCCGGAUAUCACCCGCGACAUCGAAGACAGUCCUGCAAGCGAGCAUGUCUUAGAAGGAACUACUCAAGAGAGCAUCAAUCACCAGCGCGAACUGUACAGCAGUCUCGCCCGAUUCACAAAGCUGCGGGAGCUCACACUGGGCUUUCCACUUGAUCCUCGUGAGGUUCGGGACGACAAGAGGUACAAGGAGCACUACCAGCAAUAUGACUGUCUCGCCAUGACAUUGGAUAGCGGGUUGGAUCUGUUGAAGGGACUCAAGGAUCUGCGGCUGGUUGGACUGGUGGACAUGGAGAUUUAUAUUGAGGGUGAGAAGGAACAGGCUUGGUUUGCUGAGAACUGGCCUCAUGCGACGAUCAGAACUAAGGACGAUGCGGAGUACCAGGAUAGCGACGAUAGCGACUCAUACAGCUGGAGAACUGAUGAUGAUGAAUAA